UUAUUUCUGUCUCCCCCCCGUUCCUCCCUCCCUCCCUUCUCUAUGCUUCCAGGAGGCAGUCUGGGCUUAUUAUGGGGGUGACCGGAAGGAGAGAGUGACAGAGGAACAGUGAUGCCACUGUUUACAUAACGACACAUUCACACACAUGCAUCAACACACGUAUAUACCCACAGACAUGCAUGCGGGCUCAAAUUGCCAGUCCGGGACACACACGCUCACUUAAACUCUCCAGCACAUACAUACGUACACUCACAGGGACUCAGUGACUGAGUCACUGCACACUCAGAGGCAAAGACUCACUGACUCACAUGCAGACACAUACACAAGGGGAAAAGGUUGCUCUCAAGAGACAGGACUGCGUGCAGUGUGUGUUAUGGGCCAAGCUGAGCAGCAGCUGUGCGUUAGAGUUGGAUACCUCUGAGGGGUCAGCAUAGACGUAACCCUCAACCUGCCUCCAGCACUUCACUCUACCCCCUUUCUCCCCCUAGUUUUCUGCCUAAUCAAACCGUCAUGUCUGAGCUGAGGACCAGCAGAACUAUUCCUCCCUCCCCCUUCUCCUCCUCGCUUGGAUUUCCAUCCCUCCUCCUUUCCCUUUGCUUCUCCCUUUCUCUCCAGCCGACCUCUUUGUCGGCUGAGCAGACAGUGCCUGUUGUUUCCACGGCGCAGGGCCGCAUUCGUGGCAUCCUGACCCCUCUGCCCUCGGACCUUCUGGGGCCUGUCAUCCAGUACCUGGGAGUACCGUAUGCAAGGCCACCAACUGGGGAUCGCCGCUUCCAGGCACCUGAGCCGCCUCUGCCGUGGCCCGGAAUACGGAACGUGACACAGUUUGCUCCAGUGUGCCCGCAGGCUUUGGAUGAGAGGAGCAUGCUGGGAGAUAUGAUGCCAUCCUGGCUCACAGCAAACCUGGAUAUAGCAGCAACUUACCUCACUCACCAGAGCGAGGAUUGUCUCUACCUCAACAUCUACGUACCCACAGAGGAAGACAUCCACGAGGAGGGGGGUCAGCGGCCAGUGAUGGUCUACGUCCACGGAGGCUCGUAUUCUGAAGGCACCGGGAACAUGAUGGAUGGCAGUGUGCUCGCAAGCUACGGCAAUGUCAUUGUCAUAACCCUCAACUAUCGCCUUGGAGUUUUAGGAUUUCUCAGCACAGGUGACCAGGCAGCAAAAGGGAACUACGGCUUGCUUGAUCAAAUUCAGGCUCUGCGCUGGGUGAAGGAGAACAUUGCAUCCUUUGGCGGCGAUCCAAGCAGGGUCACUGUGUUUGGAUCUGGUGCUGGUGCAUCAUGCGUUAGCCUCCUCACCUUGUCCCACUACUCUGAAGAUCUGUUCCACAGAGCAAUUAUCCAGAGUGGCAGCGCUUUAGCCAGCUGGGCUGUCAACUACCAGCCAAGCAAAUAUGCCCGGCAGCUCGGCGAGAGGGUUGGCUGUGGCAUUGAUGAUAGCACUCAACUGGUCACCUGCCUCCAGGGCCGGAGUUUCCGUGAGCUUGUGGAACAGAACAUUACUCCGGCCAAAUAUCACACUGCUUUUGCCCCGGUGAUUGAUGGCGACGUUAUACCUGAUGACCCUCAGAUUCUGAUGGAGCAGGGGGAGUUUUUGAACUACGAUGUGAUGCUGGGGGUCAACCAAGGCGAAGGCGUGAAGUUUGUGGAGGGAAUUGUGGACUCGGAGGACGGUGUCACAGCCGAGGACUUUGACUUUGCCGUGUCAGACUUUGUGGAUAGUCUGUACGGUUACCCAGAAGGCCGAGAUACACUAAGAGAGAGCAUACGGUUCAUGUACACUGACUGGGCAGACCGCGACAACGCAGAAACGCGGCGAAAGACACUAGUGGCACUUUUUACAGAUCACCAGUGGGUGGCGCCAGCCAUUGCUACAGCGGAUCUCCAUGCACAGUAUGGGUCUCCUACCUACUUCUACUCCUUUUACCACCACUGCCAGAGUGAUGCCACGCCACCCUGGGCUGAUUCUGCCCAUGGUGAUGAGGUGCCCUACGUGUUCGGCGUGCCCAUGGUGGGUCCCACUGAUCUGUUCAACUGUAACUUCUCCAAGAACGACGUGAUGCUGAGCGCAGUGGUAAUGACUUACUGGACCAACUUCGCCAAGACCGGGUAAGCUGAAAAAGGUUCAGUGAUGUGAAACAUGAAUCAGACGGAAAAUCCCACUGACGGGGUUUUUCAUUUUCUUCGUGCAGCAAAAACUCAUGAAAAACAAAGCAUCUCUUCAGCUAAUUAGCUUUACUGCGAUAUCAAUAUCUAAUCCUUG